AUGUUGGCUGAAGAGUAUAAAACAAUUCUAUCAAUUUUCUAUCCAAUAUUUUUUGUAAUAACCCUAAUUGCUCAAUUAUUUCUAAUGUUCCUUAUCAUUAAACACUCCCCAAAAAGCAUUCACAUGCUAAGAAUUAUUCUUGGGCUGACUUGUAUUUUUCAAAUCAUUCUAGCAUUUUCUGCAUUCUUCGUUCAAGUUAGAUUUGUCACUACAAAAAAACCAAUUGAGAUGUGGAGCUAUGGCGUGUGUAGACAUUUUGAGCCUUGGAUUUGUUAUUGUUUCUAUCAAACAGAGCAGAUGAGUGCGAUGGCAAGUGGACUCACAAUCUAUGGAACGUUUUAUUUGAAAUAUAGAAUGGUGAAAGGGGUUCAAUUGACUAAAUUGGAAAUAAUCAAGACUUAUGCAAUGUUUUUCUGCCCUUUCUUCUUGUCUUUGAUCCUCGUAAUUAUCAUUAUUAAAACCCAAACUUUGAGCUGGGAAUCUGAGGAACAACUUCAUCUACUCAAUUAUUUUCUUUACGCUAAUGCAGAUUAUCUAGCGAUUGCCUCUCUGAGUUUCUCAAAAUGGCCAAACACAUUGAAUCUUAUGAUAUUCACAUCUUGUAUAAUAGUGAUACCAAUUAUGUGUUAUUACUGUAGAAAAAAAACGUUGAGUCAAAUUUACCUCCAACUUGAAAACAUGUCAGCUCCUCGGCAAAACUUGUACAAAAGUUUUAUCAUGGGACUAUCCGUUCAAUGUUCGUUGCCAUAUAUUUUCUACGUCCCGAUUUAUACGCUUUACUAUUAUUGCUUAAUCACCGGAAGAGAAGUGUUAUUUCUGGAAUUUCAUUUGACUCUUGUGCCCGCACUUCCUGCUAUCAUUGAUCCAUUGGUCUCCGUGUACUUUGUGACUCCUUUUAGAAGAAAAAUAAUGAGAUGGAUAAAGCGAGAACGCGAAGUGAUCAGAACCACUAGUGCAUUCACUAAAUGA